GGGGGAAGGGAUCCAACUCCUGCCCGGGCAGGGGAUGUCCUCCAGCAGGGACACGAUCCUCUGCCGCCGGGGAGCACCCCUGGGGACAGGACAGUGUGGGUGCCCAGGGGUGGGUCCUCAGGGGCAUCGGCCAAGUCUGACCGCAUCCUCAUGUCCCUGCAACCCUCUUGCCACCGCAGCUGGGUGGGGAUGUGGCACCCCGAAGGGACAGCACCCUAUUUUGGGGGGACAGGCGUGCUCCGAGCCAGCUGGGUAGGGACGCGUUUGUCGGCCUGGCGGGGAAGGGAUUAAGGCCGGGAGGGUUUUGGGGUGCCGGGGUGUCCCCAGCUGGGUCCAGCCGUGCUGCUCCUCGCACGGGUGACCUCACGCCACUGCCAUGGCAACGGCUCGUGAAGUCACGGCGAGCGGCUGCCGGGACCGGAGCGUGGGAGGCGGCGGCGCGUCCGCCCCGCUCCGCUGUCCCCAGCAUGAGCCGCGUCCCCGGCAGCGCCGACGCCUCCGCCUGACCCCGUCCUGCCCACCCUGCCCGUGCCACCCUGCCCCAAGUGUCACCAUGCUCGUCAAGGAGUACCGCAUCUGCAUGCCGCUCACCACCGAGGAGUACCGCGUGGGGCAGCUCUACACCAUCAGCAAGCACAGCCACCAGGAGAGCGAGAAGGGCGAGGGCGUGGAGGUGGUGAAGAACGAGCCCCACGAGGACCCCGUGCACGGCCCCGGCCAGUUCACGGAGAAGCGUGUCCACCUCUCCAGCAAACUGCCGAGCUGGGCACGGGCAGUGACCCCCCGCAUCUUCUACAUCACCGAGAAGGCCUGGAACUACUACCCCUACACCAUCACGGAGUACACGUGCUCCUUCCUGCCCAAGUUCUCCAUCUACAUCGAGACCAAGUACGAGGACAACUGCGGGGACAGCGAGAACAUCUUCCACAGUGACAAAAUCCUGGGCGACCACGAGGUCUCUUUCCUGGACAUCGCCUUCGAUGAGAUCCCCGAGCGCUACUACCGCAGCCUGGAGGACCCCCGUUUCUUCAGCUCGGCCAAGACGGGCCGGGGGCCGCUGCGGGAGGGCUGGCGCCAGCACACCCAGCCCAUCAUGUGCUCCUACAAACUGGUGAGCGUCAAGUUCGAGGUGUGGGGGCUGCAGACGCGGGUGGAGCAGUUCGUGCACAAGGUGAUCCGGGACAUCCUGCUGAUUGGACACCGUCAGGCUUUCGCCUGGGUGGAUGAGUGGUGUGGGAUGACGAUGGAGGAGGUGCGGCGCUACGAGCAGGAGACGCAGGAGGCCACCAACGAGCUCAUCGGCCUGGUGGCACCGGCCAUCUCGGUCAGCGAGGUGGGGCAGCCCGCGGCCACGCACUCGGCCCCUGCCAGCGCCCCCUCCACCCCUCUCAGCGACGAGGCCCCCGAGUUCCUGGCUCCCCCCAAGACUCGCCCGCGGAAGAAGUCGGCGCCGGAGACGCUGACGCUGCCCGCGCUGCGGGAACGUGCUGGGGCCGAGUGAGGCCUGUGGGCCGUUCCGUGCCGGACUGUGCCCGCUCUGCCGCCCGCUCUGCCAACGCCCCGGCAGAGCCCAGCCACGCACCCGGCCCCGCUGGCAGGGCGCUGGCAGCCCUGGGGUGCUGCUGAGCCGCCGUGGGUGCCCGCACGGCUCGGUGCACCGCUGUACCCGGAGGGACCGGCGCGGGCACCGGCAGCACCGGGCAAGGCCGCAGGAGCCGCUUCCCUCCGCUCCGCCCGCCCCGCUGCUUCGCAAGGGCCACCGAGGCUGGCGAGCAGUGGGGAGGUGUCAGCUGGUGCCCACUUGCCGUAGCCGGGCUGGUGGCCGGUGCCAGGCUGGAGCAGUGCCCUGCAGGGUAGGCACCAGCGUGGGGGCACAGUGAGGGUGACGGUGACAGCCAAGCGCUGGGCUGGGGCUCCCCACCGGACCCCAAGGCGCUGCAGAGCCCCGUGCACGGCUGGUCCCGCAGUCAGGGUCCCCUUCGCUGUCCCUCCAGAGGCCGUGGCUGCUCGAGGGGGGCUGGGGUGGGCUCAGCCCCUCGUUUUCUUUGGGAAAACAAAGGCCUUUUUGGAAAUAAACUCGAGACACGGCA